UGCCCAUGAAAGUUAAGAAUAUGACAGCUUCGAAAUCAUCAGUCGCAACUAAUUAUAGCUCAAUAUCAGUCGUUACCUACGUCACAAGUGUUUCUGAUAGACACAACCUCAAUAUUCACAUUCUUAUUAGCUACACGACAAUUGAAAUAACUUAUGGUUAUGGACGAUAACAUAAACAAACAUCAGAAAAUUAUUGUUGCUCAACAUCGUUUUGAGUGUAAAACUACUUCUAUGUUUGUCCUUAGGGCUAGUAGUGAAAUCAGAAAGGACUCAAAUGGACAAGGAAGAAAGUGAAAGGAUGAUAAUGAAAAUAAAGCAUUAAUUAUGCACCAAAUUAAAUACGGACAUAUUUGCCGCCACCAUACGCGUCCCCACCAGCGCGUGAGCCGGUAACCGUCUCCCUCACCACCGUUCACUUCUUCCGUUCUUCGCCGUAACUUCCUUCUCUUCUCUUCUCUUCUCCCUUCUUCUCUCUGCUUCUCUCCAUAUAUAUAACAAACUCCCCUCUGCAGAUUUUCCUCACACCAAUUCCUAACAGCAAUCAAACAACUAGGGCAAGAAGUAAAGAACCCAAAACCCCAACCGCCGCCAUGUUUCGCCUGAGCAACAACCUGAUCGGAAUCCUCAACUUCAUAACCUUCCUCCUCUCAAUCCCCAUCAUCUGGGCUGGCGUCUGGCUCCGCAACAACGGCAGCUCCGAGUGCGAGCGGUUCCUCGACACACCCGUCAUCGUCAUCGGCGUCUUCCUCCUGCUCGUCUCCGUCGCCGGCCUCGUCGGCGCCUGCUGCAAGAACUCAUGCCUCCUCUGGAUCUACCUCGUCGUCAUGUUCCUCCUGAUCGUGCUGCUCUUCUGCUUCACCAUCUUCGCCUUCGUCGUCACCAACAAGGGCGCCGGCCAGGUGCUGUCCGGCCGCGGGUACAAGGAGUAUAAAUUGGGGGAUUACUCCAAUUGGCUGCAGAAGAGAGUGACGAGCGGCAAGAACUGGAACAAGAUCAGGAGCUGCUUGGUUGAUGGGAAAGUCUGCUCCAAAUUCAACGAGACUUACCUUUCCGACACCGUCGAGCAGUUUUACACCGAGCGAUUGUCCGCUCUUCAGUCUGGAUGCUGCAAGCCAUCAGAUGAAUGCGGCUACACCUACGUGAACCCAACAACAUGGACCAAGACCAUUACGAACUCAUCAAACCCCGACUGCGCCGCUUGGGACAACCAGCCUGAUGUACUCUGCUUCAACUGCAACUCUUGCAAGGCCGGUCUUCUCGACAACCUCAAGCGCGACUGGAAGCGUGUGGCCAUAGUCAACAUCGUCUUCCUCAUCUUCCUCAUCAUCGUCUACUCCGUCGGGUGCUGUGCUUUCAGGAACAACAGGAGGGACAACUCUUACCCCGCUGGAUGGAAGGCUUGAGAUCACAUCACAAAACCCUCUGGCUGCUGGUUUUUCUGAUGUAAUGCUUAGUAUGGAGAUAGUAGUUUGUAGUUUAGGCCGAUCAUGAUUUGGAUUGUUGCUGCUACUUCCUUUUGAUUUUGUGUAUAGCAUUUUGAUAUGCUCGACUUCCAUGGCUGCUUUAGAGCAUAUAUUGGGCUGUAUAUGUUCCCUAUUCCCAUCCUGGAUAGUUCUUUGUGCUAUGAAUAGAUAUUCAUUCCCAUCUCUUUCCAUUUUCUUCAAUCUUAUCAUCAACUUGGCAGGUCUUAUCUGUCUCUUCAAUGGCUUCUAACUUCUCCGGCCAACUUAUGGACCCAUAUGUUUUAAUCAUUCAUUUAUCCCUCUUCUUUUCACGAAAGGUAUAGAAUUUGAAUGUUUUAAAGGGUAGUUGAAAACAAGGUAAGGAAGAAGAUCACAUGGCUUGGAAUAACAAUAGUGUCCAAGAAGAAGCAUGUGGCCAUGGAGACACAAAGUAGACUUGAAGGAGUUGUUCACCAAAAAGAGGAGAAGACUUCUAAAUUUUAGAAAUGAUGUAUAUAAGAAGAAUUUAAUCAAUUACAAAAAUUGUCAAUGACCUUCAUAUUAUUAAGAAAAAUCCAUUGCCCUUUCCUAUGGACUUAACCAAGUUUGAAUCAAUCAAGGAAAUAAAUUGUUUGUCCAUUUUUAUUUGAUUUUUUUAUUCUCACCGUGUGUAUUAUCAUAUAGAAAAUAUCUCAAUAUUAAAAAUAAUCAAAUAUAGAUGCAUGUAAACCACUAUCUUAGUUAAUCUAAACUCAAGCAAUAAUCUUUCUAACAACCAAGUUGCAAAAAUUCACUGUUAUUAAUUUUAUAUGCCCAAUAAAGAUAUUCUUUAAACAUAAAUCUUUUUUUUAUCCAACUACACUUGAACAAAAUGACAAUUUGGAGAUCGUUGGUUCAAUUUAUAAUGAUUUUUGUCAUGUUAAUGCAUUGUGAUGAUUAACACUCCAAGUCAUACUACUUAUGGUGUUAAUCCAUAUCCAAAUCAUCAUUAACCACAUAGAUGAUCAUUUUUUUUAAUAAUAUCUCCUCGACAUUUUCAAAAGCUAAUUAAAUAGGUGAAAGUGAGCCAUUGCCCAACAUGGAUAAACAAUGGGAGAUAGAUGAUGACAUGGUCACGACAGUACAAAGUGAUAAAAGCCAAAUUUGCCUUUCCUUUCAUUCCCGGCCUUUACCCAAACAUGUUGGUUGCUCUUUGAUGUAACAAUGACGUGAAAAAGAGAGUUUUGAUGUAACAAUGACGUGAAAAUCGUUUGUGUUAUGAAAGGUCCUAGAUACAACAUUUAUUAAAAAGAGUAGCGGUGGUGUAUUGUGUACAUAUUGUAAUCAGAUCGAAAGUUAAAGAGUAGAUGUUUAAUCUGGUGAUAUCUACGCAAUAGAAGGGAUUCUAUUUCAAGAAAAUCUUAGUUCGGGUGGUGUUGGUAUGGACUAUUAUACGAUUGUGUCCAACAACGUGUGACAUGUUAGCCACGUUUUAUUUUGUGUUGGUGUCGAAUUUACAUUGAUUUAUUGCACCGUGUCAAUAUUUCCUAAAUCGGCUGGGCUAAUUGAAGCUUUAGAUUUGCAGAACGUGUUUAGGGUUUGAUUUCAAUGUGGCCGUGGGUACUUAGGGUUUUGUGUUGAGUCAAGGCCAGGCAUUGCACGAUCCACGGUUGACAAGCCCACCAGUCUAGCUUGUUUCUAGGCCCAUAAACCCAAUUCAACUUGACCCUCAUCUCUACAGCGGGCUUGAAUGGCGCCCGUGAGCAGGGUUACGCAUUGAUCCAGUUCGGACCAAACCAGAUCAAAACGACUGUUUUUUUUUUUUUUUUUGUCAAAGGACUUUGAGAAUCAAGAAAAUGACAGUCAAUUGGAGUCUCCGGCUCCUUCUUCCCUGCCGCAAGCAAGCUCAAGCCUGCCUCUCAAUUUCCAGCCACAAGACAAGAAUCGGCCAACCAUUGGAGCGACUUGAGGAGGGACGGUGGCGAUGGAUCUGGACCAGAUGAGAGAGAACGAGUCUACUUGUUUUAUUUCAUAAAAAGGUAAAUUUACACGGUUUGUUAAUACAAUAUAUACAGGCUGUAAAUAAAAAAACUAACAAAAUAAUACACAAAUAUAAACCAAUAGUACAACAUGGUCCUUAAACUAAUUCUAGUUUACAAUAUAGUCCAACACCCCCCUCAAGCUGGAGCAUGAAUAUCAAGAGUGCCCAGCUUGGCAUGCAAAACAGAGAAUACUGCAGUAGGCAAAGACUUUGUAAACAGAUCAGCAACUUGGUUAGAAGUAGAAAUAUGCAGCACCUUUAUCAAACCAGAAGCUAUCUUAUCGCGCGUUAAAUGGCAAUCUAAUUCUAUGUGCUUGGUACGCUCGUGUGCAACCGGAUUUUCAGCAAUGCGAAUAGCAGAUUGACUAUCAGAAUAUAAGACACUAGGUGCAGGAAAAGAAACACCUAAAGCAACAAACACAUAAAGCAACCAUUGAAUCUCACAAGUAAGGUUUGCCAUAGCCCUAUAUUCAGCCUCAGUGGAGGACCGAGAUAUAGUUUUCUGUUUCUUGGAAUGCCAAGUAAUCAAUGAUUUACCUAAAAAAACGCAGAAACCUGUUGUGGAACGUCGGGAAUCCGGGCAACCAGCCCAAUCACUGUUUGAAAAAGCUUUUAAGAGUCAGUUCUGAAGUACUAGGAAAGAACAAACCAAGACCAGGAUUACCUUUCAAAUAAUGAAGGACUCGAUAGGCUGCUUGCAAAUGUACAUCAGUAGGAGCACUCAUGAAUUAAGUUAACUGAUGUACAGCAAAUGCUAUGUCAGGACGUGUAUUACAUAGAUACAAUAAACGUCCUACCAAUCAACGAUAGACAGAGGCAUCAUCAAGUAGAACCCCAGAUUUCCUAGACAACCUUAUUCCUGGAUUACAAGGUGUACUAACAGGUUUGGUAGCUAACAAUCCAGAAUCAGAUAAGAGAUCUAAAACAUACUUAAGUUGGCAAAUAGAAAUACCGGUAGAUUUUCGCGCAAUUUCCAAACCAAGAAAGUAUUUAACAUGUCCUAUGUCUUUGAUUUUGAAUGCAGCAUCUAAACCCUUCUUAAGACUUUCAAUUUCAGACAAGUAAUCACCAGCCAAAAUUAUAUCAUCCACAUAUACAAGUAAAGCAAGAAACUGCCCAUCCUUUUGUUUAGUAAACAAUGAGUAAUCAG